AUGGCAUCAGGCGGAGACAGUUUACUGGCGUUGGGUGGUAAACGUACAACGGGUCAGUCAAUACGAACCCAGAAUGUGAUGGCAGCCGCAGCCAUAGCGAACAUUGUCAAAUCGUCAUUGGGUCCUGUUGGACUGGACAAAAUGCUGGUGGAUGAUGUGGGGGAUGUAAUCGUGACGAACGAUGGUGCCACGAUAUUGAAACAACUUGAAGUGGAGCAUCCAGCGGCGAAGGUUCUCGUUGAGUUAGCUCAAUUGCAGGAUGAGGAGGUUGGGGAUGGUACCACAUCGGUAGUGAUAUUGGCUGCAGAGCUGUUGAAGGCAGCUGACGAGCUGGUGAAACAUAAACUACACCCGACUACGGUCAUUAAUGGGUACAGACUGGCCUGUAAGGAGGCGGUGAGGUACAUGCAGGUGGGCGUGGCUUAUUUAUUUAUUAUUAUGUUAUUGUUUUUAUUAUUUAUUAUUGAGAACCUGUCAAUAGGAGUGGAGGAACUGGGCAGGAGCUCGGUGAUUGGCGUGGCGCAAACGGCGAUGUCAUCGAAACUUAUUGGGCCGUGGGGAUUCGGAAUUCUUUUCGGAGAUGGUCUACUCGGCAGUGGAGGCAGUUAA